AUGUCCACAGCAUCGACACUGCAAGAUGCAGAUGUUUCCCUUUACCUGCACGCCGAGCUUCUACCAAAUAUCCGCCAAAUCACCCUCUACGUGUCGCUUCCCCAAACCCCAGCAUUAGAAGGAAUCCGGCCACAGAUUCAGCUGUCAGAAUCAUGCAAAUCUGUCACUGUCUCGUUAUCUGAGCCAUUUCAUCAUGUGGCAGAAACCGUCAAACUGCCGGCACGCGUCACUGACGCGACGAGGCGAGUCUUGAAUAUCAACACAGCUGCCUCUGACCACCGAAAGCCCGCCAGCCCUGGUUAUGAAUAUUCAGUCAGAAUGCAUAUUGACCCCAGUGACCCGGUGCUGGCACCACGAGAUGAACUAAUCGAUGACUAUGUUCCCUGGACCGCAGCAGAUAUGUCAUCUUCGACACGCAUCCGAUGUCGUGGAUGUGGCACAGCAUUUUUGAAAGAGUCAGGCCCUCACUCCGUGGAAUUAAAUGAUCAAUCUCUCCUACCGGGAUGGCUCUGGAAGGAUCUCCCGAGCGGCAAUUGGGCAGAAAUGAUGGACUUUUGGCAUUGCCACAAGCCUGAUCCCCAUGAAGAUAAUCCCAAGUCUGAAGCCACGGCAGCACUAAAGUUAGAAGAUCAGAGUGCCCAGAUCAAGGGAUAUGGAGCUUCUAGCCGUGUAGAAGCAAUCUCAGGGACUGUUCUUAUCGAUGUGGCCACGUUCUUGCUUUCGGACGAGGAUUGCGUGAGCCUUAAAAAGGGUAAUGAAGAAGAGGCCACAACUUCCACCCCGGAAGGCUCCUUCGAGAGAACUUUGGAAUGCGCGACGUGUAACUCGAUCAUUGGCAUGGAAGACCCAUCAGCGCGCGGCUGGCGACUCCUCAAGGCCAACGUCUCUUUGAACGCCAAAAUCCUAAAUUCCGGAUCAGACGGAGAACACUGGCAGAGCCAUCCUACACAAAUGAUCGUUGCUGCACAACUGCUCGAGCUGAUCGAGCGAGAAAGCGCCAGGCGUUUCGUGGUCCACUUCGGGCAAAAGAGCGGGUUAUUGCUUUGGGUUUUCAAUCCAGAUCUCCGAUAUUCCAACUCCAGCUUGGACCAUAACGUCAACACCCAACAAGCUAUGAAAGUAUUCUUCCAGGAGACGCGAGAAAUCGACAAAUUGCUCGCUCCCGAGAUUGGAAACCCGUCACCUUUGUCUGUGGAAGAACUCGAACUGCCUUCGAUGGUGUACGAAGCGUUGUUUGAAGCCCUGCACGGUAGUAAUCAGAUGCUACCUCCGACGGCAAGACAGUUCAAUGAAUGGCAGGUUGGGUUGCUCAGUCGAUUCAGCCGAACUCAAGCAACCUGA